AUGGCUAUUGAUUCAGUUUCUAAGCAGAAGUUGAGUGGUAAAGAUCAAUCGCCGGUACACCAAAACGUUGGGAAGAAGUUCAACUCUGAAUCUGUUGCAAGUAGGUCUURAUCUCCUUACAGACACACUCGCUGUAUGUCACCGUUUCGCACUACAAGUAACGGUUCUCCGUUGCAUCCUGACACUCGUAAGGAGACAGAGAACCUGAGAGCUAACAUAUUGAACAAGUAUAUUAGAAACAUAAGCUGGUCUCAGGACUUACUCUACCCAAGAAGCAAUGGUUGGACUAGCUCUCUCUUGGAGAAGACAGUGUACGUAGACACCGAGAAUUCACAUAACUCAAAUAUCGUUAUGAUCACUCCAGAGGAAGAAGACAUUUCAGGAAAGAAACCAGAUACCAAUCUUGAGCUUGAAGCUUUCGAAAACAUUAGUAUUAGAAGUGACAAAAUGAUGAAUGAUAGUCCUGAUAUGUUUCCUCUUGCGCCACCGUCGCCUAAGACUCCGAAUGGUACUCCGUUUUGGGUGUGA